CUCUAAUAACUAUCGAUUCUGAAACAAAAAAAAAACCCUAACUCUUAUCAAUUCUCUGAAUUUUCUCAUCUCAUAUCCAAUCUUAAACAAAAAAUCUAUUGAUUGAUCACUACUGCAAAUGCCGUGUUUUUUCUCAUCUUAUAUCCCCUCUUUUUUUUGUUUCUGAAAAAAAUGGCGACUGGAAGACCAAAGGAUUAUAGGGCCUCUAUGGAAUUAACUGAUUGUACUCAAAUACUUACUGAAAAUGAGGUAGAUACACAAGGGCAGGAAGAAAUACAUUUCGAUGAUGGAAUGUUGUACAUGGCUGACAAUGAACAAGUGAGUGAUGAAGAUGAUGAGAAUGAUAUUCUUAAUGAGUCUGAUGAAGAGUACUUAGCUGCUAGGCUGAACAAUAGGACGUUUCGCAGAUCGGUGAUGGAUACUAUUGAAGGUUUAGGGUUAGAUGACAUGCUUGAAGCCCCUGGUGGUGUGUUUAAUGAGGAUAAAGAAUGUGGGGAAGGAUGUGUAAGUGCUGAAAUUAGCCGUGAAGAGAUAUGGAGUGAUUAUGCGGAGACUGAUGAUGGGUUAGAAACACCGUCAAGUAGUGAUGAGGACGAUUUACAAAUACGGGUUAAGAAGAAACGUCGACGUAUUUACUAUAACCCUAAGUGCAACCACGAGGAUUUAGAUUUUCAGGUUCACAUGCGCUUUACCACUAAAGAUCAAUUGCAGAAUGCAGUACAACAGUGGUCAAUUCUGAAUGGGCAUAAUGUUAGGUGGGCAAGGAGUGCUUCUGAUAGAAUAGAGGGUGUUUGUAGCGAUGGCUGCAUUUGGAGGCUGUAUGCAUCAAGAAUAAAUUCUGAAAAAACAUUCAGAAUUAGAAAGUUGGAGAGUAAGCAUACUUGUCACAGAGCACUAAUAAAUAGGCAAGCUACAUCAGAAUGGGUUGCAAAAGAAUUCAUUCAGAGAUUUCGUAGAAAUCCGUCGUACGCACCCAAUGACAUGAUCCUUGAUAUAAAGCAAAAAUACAAUGGGCUUACAGUGUCAAAGUCAACCUGCUACAGAGCUAGGGAUAUUGCAAUGUAUAUUAUCCAGGGGUCUCUCGAGAGCCAUUAUGAAAAAUUUAGGGCGUAUGAUGCGGAGCUGAAGCGGGUAGAUAAGGAGGGCUUAUUUAGGUUCUUUUUUAUACAUGAUCCAAAUAAUGGGGCUCCUAUAUUUCAGAGGUACUACGUCGGAUUCUCGGGCUUGAAGAAAGGGUUUUUGGCUGGAUGUAGACCUAUUUUAUGCGUUGAUGGCUGUUUUCUGAAAACAAUUGUGGCAGGAGCACUACUUAGUGCGGUAGGCCGUGACGGGAACAACCAGAUGUUUCCUGUGGCAUGGGCCAUUGUUGAAGCUGAAAAUGAAGAAACUUGGACUUGGUUUCUAGAACUGCUAAUGGAUGAUUUGCGUUACGAUGAUGGAUAUGGGUUGACACUUGUUAGUGACCAGCAAAAGGGAUUGAAAAAUGCUAUAUGCAAACGGGUACCAUUUGCGGAGCAUAGAAACUGUGCGCGCCAUAUUUAUGCUAAUUGGAAAAAGAAUAAUAAAGGUCCUGAGCUGAAAAGAAUAUUUUGGAAUGUCGUGAAUGCGACAAAUGAGCCGGAGUAUAAGAAGCACCUGGAGAUUUUAAAAAAAAAGAGUGUUAUAGCCUAUGAUGAUUUCAUCAAACAAAGUCCAAAAGUGUUUUGCAAGUCAUUUGUAAGAACGACGCCACUAUGUGAUGCGAUAACCAGCAAUUUAGUUGAGACCUUUAAUGGAUACAUCUGCAAAGCACGACAGUUGCAAGCCAUCCAUAUGCUCGAAGAGAUUCGGACGACAUUAAUGGAAAGAAUGUAUGCCAAGCAUGAGCUGAUGGUUAAGCAUCAUGAAGAUCUUUGUCCGAGGAUUAGGCAAAAGAUUGACAAGAAUCAGAAGUUUACAAAAUUCUGCACUGCAAAACCAGCAAAAGGCGCAUUUCAAGUGAUGUGUGGGGAAUACCAGUUUGUUGUUAACCUCACACAUAAAACAUGCGCAUGUGGAGCUUGGCAGCUAACUGGUAUACCAUGUAGUCAUGCGCUAGCUUGUAUUAAUUACAUGCGCCAUAACGUUGUGGACUAUGUUGAUGACUGCAACAAGAGAGAACAAUAUUUCAAAGCUUAUGAAUUUUCAAUCCAGCCUAUUAAUGGAUCCAACAUGUGGCCGGAAGUCUCUGGAUAUCCUAUAAUACCACCACCCCAUAGGAAGAUGCCAGGGCGACCAAAGAAGAAAAGAAAGAGAGAUGCAGAUGAAGAACCGAAAGGUAGGCAAGGAAUGACAAUGACUUGUAAGCAUUGUCUUUGUGAGGGGCACAACGUACGGGGAUGUCCAAAUAUUGACAAGAGUCCCACUCCAAGGCCACCUAAGGGUCGACCGGGUAGGCCGAAGCGGGAAGGAAGGCCCGGACAGGCUUCUACUUCUUCUGCCAAAAAUAACGGAAAGGCUUCAACUUCUUCUACUUCUGGAGUCAAGGCUCGUGGAAAAGGUGCUUAUGCUUCUGCUUAUCAACAAGGCAUUUCAACAAGUCAGAGUAAUGAGGCUAUAAUUGCAAACGCAGUCCUAAAGGCUCAGAUUCAGAGAGAUAAGCGUCAGGUCCGAAAAGGUGUUGGUCUUAGGAUAAUGACUGAAUCUGGUAGUAUAUAUUCUAGGCCAGCUGACAAGGGCAAAACCAACUUUGUUUAUGGAUCUAGUGCUACUAUUGCUGCACUUACAGCCAACAAGAGAGGAAGAGGCAGACCAAGAGGAAGUGUUAAUCUAUCGAAGGGUUCACAAGGUUCCACCAACAACACAACCUUACGCCAGGAUGAAAAUUAAGUGUUGAUGCUCAAUAUGAAGCCCCACAUUUUUGGUUUUGGAUGCUUGUAAUUAUACAGAAACAAGCUAUAUUUAGUUUAAGUGCUUGUAAUUAUUUAAAACAAGCUUCUAUUAUAGGUUUAAAAUGCUUGUGAGUAUUUAGAAACAAGCUAUAUUUUGGGUUUUGGACGCUUACAAUUAUUUAUAAACAAGCUAUAUAUGUGGUAAUUCCAGAUUGACGAACAGA